AUGAGUAUUGGGGCAUUCAUUCUUAAGCUGAAGUCCGCCGCACAGAAAUACAGAAUACCCACAUUACGAUCCAUGGCGCAAGAACUGAGUUUGGUGCUCGUCCCAGAAACCAUCUUCACGCACGAAGAGUUGCGUGACUACUUGAGUCAAAUCCGAGUCAGGGCACCACACUACAUCGAGAUAGUGUGUGGUUGCACGAGCGGCAAGUAUGGAGACUCCCUCGGCCUCCUCAGGAUCAGCGACGAUGGCACCAUCUCCGCCGUAUGCCAUUGUUGCAAAGAGUGCAAACAAGUGUUUGAUUCGCCUGUUGAGUUUGUAAAGCAUGGCUCGAGAACUUCCAAUGUGCCAAACUGGCGAAAGAAGGUUUGGAUUCUCAAUCAAAAUGGUCAAAAGAUCAAGAUGAUUGACACCAGUUUCCUUAAGUAUUACUACGGAGAUAACUUCCGGAGGCCGCACAAUGAAUCCGGUCACCGUGACCAGUUCCUGAGGUGCACCGCCUGCAAUAAGGUCCGCCGGUUCGAGCUUCGGUCAAGGGAGUUAUGUCGGUUCUAUCACGAUGCCGCAGCAAGUGGGAACCAAACUUGCUUCAGUAUGAUCCCGGGGAGGUGGACGUGUGAGGACCUCGAGGAGCGGAUCAGCUCAAGGAGCCGCACUGGUUGCCGAAAAAACAUCCGGUGCAGAGGGUGCGUGUAUUGCGUCUGUUUCGGAUGCCGCCUUUGUCGGUUUGAAGAUUGUACCUGCCGAAUGUGUGUCGACUUUUACGCAAAUGUAUCUUAGUCGGUUUGUGUUGUUACUAGGU